CGACAUCUCAGAUCCAUCACCGCCAAACCACCCAUUUGAUUGCCGACAGGCUGAACCAAAUACCGACCUAUACUUUGUUCGAUAUUACCUCAUAAUCUCUACAUUACUGUUGCACAAUGGCCUCGACGUCAUCACCCGCCCAUCUGCGCUCUCUAUACCGCGCCAUCCUCCGCGAACUCCCGCCACGACCACUUCGCUCUUCGGCGACCCGCUCCCCUAUUCACGCACGCGUUCGCUCGUCAUUUACCACAGAAACAACAGAAGAAAGUGCUGCUGUUGCGAAGCAGCUUAUUGCAUACCUUCGCUCGCAGCGCACGUAUGCGACGCUGCUGGAGCGCUACAACCCCGGCAUGGACAUGUCGGAUUCGGAGCGUGUGCGAUUGACAGCCCGCAGGGUCGGCAUGGAUUUGCCUAAUUUGCACUCUGAAAAGGAAUAAAAGCGGAAAUACAACUGUAUAGAUACCAAACGAAACAAAUACUGUAUGAUACGAGGAGAGGGUUGAAAAUGC